AUGUCUCGACGUGGUUCUUCGCUAUUCGCCCAAGGCGGUGCUGCUCCAGCUAGUGGCGCUGCUCCUACCUCAGCCAAGCGACAAUCUGUUGUCCUUCAGCCCAUGACAGGGGGAAUCGGUCUCGAUUUCGACUCCGACUUUAGUGAUUCUGAUGAUGAACGAAGCCCGCAAGAUCAAAGCCGCCCUACACCUCCUACAAGCAGUACUCCUGCUGGCGGCGCCAACGAUCGCCCGAUGGUAGGCGGGUUUGCUGCUGCUGCCUACGAAGCUGCCAAGGCGUUCCACUACCAAAACAAGGACAAAAAGGCCAGCCAGUCAGCGAAACACUCAACACGCUCCUAG